GUUUGGCCGAAUUUUGCCAACAGAAAGUUUGGGAUUCGAUAAAACCGAUCUGCCAUUUAACCUCCGGCCACGCUGAGACGUCGGAGAGGGCUAAGAAGGAUCAGAUUUGUGUUUUGACAACCGGAAAUGCCAAAUUUCCGCUCUAAAAAGCAUCUCAGGUAUUCCAACCUCAAUGUUUUCCAUACUUAUUGCUCGUUUCCUUUUCGCGAUGUCCCUAAACCCUCCCCAUACCCAUUCCAAGCUACCCCUUCUUCAAACUGCGGUUUUGAUCUAAAUAUACUCUCGUAUAAGCCUUAUUUAGGCAAAUAUUCAUCUCGAACGCCCUCAAAGAGCAAUUUUGAUCUCUUCGCUCACCCACAAAUUCGUUCUUUUAGUUUUAAUUCUGACCCCUACCGCCUUUACAACAGCCAAUCUACCCUUCCACAGGCUGCCUGUAGGUUUUGUAGUUCAAGUUCUAUAAAUCCACCUAGAUUCUUCUCUGCUCAGAAUCUUUCGGAAACUAUGGUCUAUAACGAGAAGAGUGAGAGUAAAGCUAUGAUGGUAUCGGGGAGUGGAGAAUCUAGAAGAAACGCCAAUGAGAUUAACUUAGUUACACAAAUCGUUGACAUCGUUAGGAGCGGUGGCGAAGAUUUUAGGUCCAAUUUGAGUUCAAUGUCGUCUUCACUUGACUCUAAGCGAAUUCUCAUGAACACUUUUAAGGUUCUGAAUCAGCUUAGAAUAUCUGGAUUGGAUUUUUUCAGAACUCUUGUGGAGAUGAAACCUAUUUUGUAUAGAAGUGGUGAUGUCUGUAGCCUGAUCAUCAACAAUUGUGGGUGGUUGGGUGAUCAGGAAGCACUGUUAUCUUUGCUGCAAGAGUUUAAACUGCAAAGUAUCUGCCUCAAUCAAAUGGCAUUUGAGUUUUUACCCCCCUCUGAACAAGGUAAAGAUGAUCUGAUGGAGUCUACUAGAAGAGUGAUUGAAAUGUUAAACAAAGUGGGCGGAUCUUGUCUUCAUUCUGGAGUUAAUGUGUUAAUCGAGAAGUUUUGUUUUUUGAAUUUGUUCCAAAUGGCUAAAUUUGUGAUGGAAACCACAGAUAGGACAGUUCGUCGGUACAAUAUUUUGAUCCGUGCAAGGUGUAAACGAGGUCAAAUCGAAGAAGCACAUGCCACCAUUGAAGAAAUGCUUGAACACGGUCAUCUCCCCGAGACAAACACAUUCAACUAUCUGAUUGGGUAUUUGUGCAAGCGUGACAGGAUGGAUGAAGCGUGUCAAUUGCUUCAUAGAAUGAAAGAAAAAGGGCCUCCUCCUGAUUCAAUAACGUUGGAAGCAAUAAUAUAUCACUCAGCCAUUCGAGGCCGUCUGGAUGUUGCUUUCCAGUAUCUUGACUUGACUGUAAAUCUGAAUAUUGUACCUCGGCCCACUACUCUUUCAGUGAUUCUGAAUGCGUUGUUCCGAGCAAAACAACACGAGAAAGCAUAUCAAUAUGUUAAUGAUAUGACUGCCAAGUUUAAGACCUCAAGCAAUACGCUUUACAACUUGCUUGCAAAGCUUCAUUUGAAAAACGGGGAUCCUGUCAUUGCCAAGAACAUCUUAAAUGAAAUGGUCAAGAAGGGGUUAAUGCCAAAAUCCUCUACCUGUUUAAUUUGUGAAGUAAGUGAAGGAGAGUGACAUCGGAAUGACAGUAGCAUGGGAUUCGGUCCAUAUUUAAGGUCCAUGUUGCGAUACCUUUAGGGCUUAUUUGGCAUGCAAAAGGCUAGCUUACAUGCUACGUAUGAUUUAUUUUUGUAGGUAUGUAUGUACUUUUUAGAUAAGCUUGUUUGGUUGGAGGAUCUUUUUUUCACUGGUGCUUCAAUAUUUGUGUCAUGUUUUUAAAAUGUGCUACAUGUGCUUUCCUUUAUAAUUUCAUUUGAACCUCUUUCUGUUUUGGAAAUUAAGUUCUAAACCCGUGCUUAUUUCAAAAGUUUUAUGUAUGUAGGUUUGAAUUUUUUCUUUUUAUUUCAUUUGAAAUUUUAAGGCAGCUUUUCAACGGCUUUUGUAUUGCUGCUUCAGAUUUGGAACUCUGUUUUUAAGUUGGGAAUGCUAUUCUACAUUUGUAAUUUAGCUGUUCAUGGUAGCAAAGUCCUUGUAGGUUUUGGUGUGUUCUUUCAGAGUCUGGGAUCUCCUUGCAUUUUCUGGCGUUUUAGUUUUUGUGCUUGCAUUUUAUUUUUGUUACUUCGAAGAUCGUUUACAGUUAUUUACAUAGCUUUUCUACUAUUUUUGUUUACUUCUAUGUUUGUGUGUUAACUUGUUUACCUUGUUUGUUUGAUUCCAUGCUUUUGACAUAGGCACAGAGUCCACAUUAUCUUUUACUACGUACCAUUUAUUAGUGUUUCAUCUAUAACAGUUUCUCUACCCCUUGAAAUAAAGGUAAGGUUUUUGUAGAUCUUACCCUCCCCAAAGCUUUUAUAUCUAAGUGGGAUAUACUUGAUUUGAUUUAUGUGUCCGUGCAUCUUUUUAGUAGCUUUCUUCUAAACGCAUAUUAAAUUUACUGGAUUAACACUGAAUUAGCACUGGAUGAAAAUAUGAGAGCAUUGGUAGGGAGGGUUGGUUCCUUAACCGUUCGUUGUCCACCCAAGUUCAUUGAGAAGCAAUUUCCUAUGUGUAUUCUGUGUACUAUGAGUUAUUUAUUUAUUUGUUUUGGACUUUUGGAUUCUUAGAUAUGCUUGAUUUUUGGAGUUGAUUGUAGCAGGUUCGAUCAGAUGGCUGAAAGUUUACAUUCCAUUAGUCUUGGCUUGAAGAAAGGUCCAUAUUAAUUGGGCAUGAAUAACAUAUUAUAUAACCUUUAAUUUAUUAUAACCGUUCACCACCCACACAUAUGUUAGAAGUCUUGAUUUAGUAACAGGCUAAUUCUAAAUUUAUUUUCUGUUCCUUUUGAUAAUCGAUGAGAAGACCGAGGCGCUUUGGAUUAU